AUGGUUUGCUUUAUUAACUGUCCUGAAAACACAGAGAACAUAGUUUCUACAGAACCGAAAAUUAUCAACCUAUCACAAAGAGACUUAAAUAGUGAUGAAAUAAAACUUUUAGAACAUGGUUUAAAAUUCACGCCUACGCCGAAGUCUGAUAAGGUUGAUGUCGUCACGGACACAGAAGAAUUCUGCCGAAAAUUACGCUUGAAGGAAUUUUUUCAAAAUCAAACCAAUGAUGAUAUAUCUCUAGUUAAAAAUAAGAAGGGUUUUAAGCCACCGCUUAAUAGAGAUAAACGUUUGGAGGAUUAUAUCUCAUGUCUUAGAAAGGCAGCUCAAUCCAACAUAGCGGAUAAAAAGGUAACAUCAAAUAUUCCUCAUAAUCAAUAUCAAGCAAUGCAAAAUCUUAUAAGAGACCAAACAAUUGUUAUCAAAAGCGCCGAUAAAGGAGGAGCUAUAGUAAUUAUGGACAGAGAACACUAUAAAGAAAUGUCCCUAUCUCAACUCCAGGAUAAUCAGUUCUAUAAGAAACUAGAGCAAAAUCAGGAUCGGCAAUCUAUGCUUAAAAUAACAAACCUCACAAAGAAGUUUCAAAGUAACCUCACGAAAAACGAAAUUGAAUACCUUACGAACUUUGAAGUUAAAACUAGCCAUUUUUAUGGUCUUCCCAAAAUACACAAAUGUAAAGAAAUCCAGAAAAAUGUCAAGAAAUGUAAUUCUACGUACAUAAAACUUCCUAGACCAAAUGAUCUUAAACUGAGGCCCAUCAUUGCAGGACCUACAUCUAGUACACAAAGAUUAAGUAAUCUGCUAGAUAUAAUCUUAAAACCACUGUGCACCAAAGUGACCAGUUAUGUUCGUGAUGAUAUGGAUUUCCUUAAUUAUAUUCCACAAACAGUACCAAGAGAUACACUGCUUGUUAGUUUUGAUGUUACCAGCUUAUAUACUAAUAUUACGCAUGAUUUAGGAAUUGAGGCAAUCAAAUAUUGGUUGGAUAAAUAUCCGGAAGAAAUCGACGAUAGAUUUCCCGCAAACGUCAUCUUAGAAGGACUUAGAAUUGUACUAGAGAAUAAUAAUUUUCUUUUUGAUGACGAAAAUUAUCUACAAAUCAAAGGUACUGCCAUGGGCACCAAAGUCGCCCCUACAUAUGCUUGUUUAGUUAUGGGAUUUCUAGAAGAAAAACUUUACACUAUUUUACCGGAAACCUUUGAUCUGGACUUUACGCAGUACAUUAAAGAGAAUUGGAAAAGGUACUUGGAUGAUUGCUUCAUCUUUUGGACAAGGAGUGAAGAGGAUCUUAGAAAAUUCCAUUCGGUCUUUAAUGAAUUACACGAUUCAAUAAAUUUCACAAAUGACAUGAAUCGUGAUUCACUUCCUUUUCUAGAUAUACUCAUAAUAAAAAACGGAGAAGAUAUUUCUACAGAUCUAUUCUGUAAAGAAACAGAUACUCACCAAUACUUGGACUUUCGUUCCUGCCAUCCGUCACAUACAAAAAGGAACAUUCCAUACAAUAUGGCCAGACGUAUUUGUACCAUUGUGACCGAGCCUACUCUACGCUUGAAAAGACUCCAAGAAUUAAAACAACACCUGAGGCGACAAAACUAUCCAAUAAACCUUAUUGAGGACGGAAUCAACCGGGCAAAAGACAUACCAAUAACCAAAUUAAGAAAAGUCGCCAUCCAGAGGAAAACGACGUAG